UCCUUAUUCUACAUCGGCACAUUAUUUUUUAAGCACCUUACGAACACGACAACGACCGCAACAGCAACGACAGCUUUAUACUUAUUUAUUUAUUUUACGUACUCUAAAUGACAACGCUCGAAAGUAUCUCAGCACUAGCCGGGUUCCCGCAAGUGCAGCGACUGGCCACGGCGUACCCCUCGCUGCUGAAAAAGCAGUGGGACGGGUCCCUCCCCAUCGGCAUCUUCAUGACACUGCACGCCAUCCGCGUAGCCUACGAAGUGCGCAAAACACUGCAGACGCGAGGGCGCCAGCCGCUGCUGCAAGAGCUAUUCACAAUGCUCACAUUCUCGUUUGGCGGCGCCAUCCUCACAGGGCUUGCCCUGGGCAGGCCGCAGGCGUGGCUCGAGAGCAACAUCACCCUGCCUCUGUACACGACAGUCUUCCUUUUGAUGUCGCGCAUGCCCGGCGACCUCCUGUACGGUGCCCUGCGGGUGUGCGCGCCUGUCAGCGACGUGUUCCUGGCCAGCGUCGACGGGCUGAUCCGCGGCUUUGGCGUGACGGCCGCUGGCGUCGACCUUGUGCGCACGGGGAUGCGCGGCCAGCCGAUUGCCGACUCUCUGGUGGCCUGGGUCAUCGUUGGCACGGUGCUGGGCAGCGGCGGCGGCAUCAUUGAUGACUUUUUGCAGAUUUCACGCGGCGCCUGGGCGCUGCGCACGCCGGAAAUGCUGAGGAGCGGGCUUUCGCUGGACGUCAAGCUAUCUUUCUCGGCCACCGUUGGGUAUAUUCUGGCCACGCAUGCGUGGUUGUUUGAAGAGCGCGCUCCAGAGUUCCCGCUGAGUUCGGUGCUGGAUUGGCUGCUGAGGGCUGUGCCUAGGGUCAGCGACCAGGAGGCGCACUUGCUUAGUGGGCUGCUGUGCUCGGCUGUGCUGGGGACGGCCGCGCACGCAAAGGCCAUGGCAUUUGCCACUGCUGAGCGCCGUGCUGUCGAGGUCGCGCGCGCAAAGAAGACCGACGAGACCAUCGAUGACAGCGACAGCGAAAUCGACAAUGAGAAGGCUGAGUAAAUGUUAAUUUAAUUUGCUAAUUUAUCAUUUCUAUUUAUUUCAGCAAACUCAUUUUAUUU